AAUUCUGUCCGUACCAGGAGUCUGCCUCUUCAAGCAGUGGAAAGAAAAUACAAAAACCCUAAACGUCCGGUUACCGUUACCCUUAAGCCAACCCUCUACUCUUCUCGCUGCAACCACAGGUAAAUCUGAUUGAAGCCAAAUUUGGUUCUUCGUGUCUCUCGGGAUUUUUUUUGGUGAAGGAUACGAGUUAAAGAUGGGUGAUUUUUGUCUUGGCAAUUGGCUGUUGGCAGUUCGAUUUGACUUUCCAGUCAGCUUCAUAUUAUUUUACAAAUGAAGAAAAUGAUAGCCUUGGGGUUUGAGGGUUCAGCCAACAAGAUAGGCGUUGGGUUAGUAACUUUAGAUGGCACCAUUCUAUCAAACCCACGUCACACCUACAUUACUCCCCCGGGGCAAGGAUUCCUUCCGCGGGAAACUGCCCAACACCAUCUCCAACACAUUCUUCCACUUAUAAAAUCUGCUUUGAAGACUGCCCAAAUAACCCCAAAUGAAAUUGAUUGCCUUUGCUAUACCAAAGGUCCUGGCAUGGGAGCCCCACUACAAGUCGCUGCUAUUGUUGUGCGGAUUCUUUCACAAUUGUGGAAGAAACCCAUUGUUGCUGUUAAUCACUGUGUGGCACAUAUUGAGAUGGGGAGGAUUGUGACUGGGGCAGUUGAUCCUGUUGUGUUGUAUGUUAGUGGUGGGAAUACUCAGGUAAUUGCAUAUAGUGAAGGGCGGUACCGGAUCUUUGGGGAAACUAUUGAUAUUGCCGUUGGAAAUUGCUUGGAUCGAUUUGCUAGGGUUUUAACGCUCUCCAAUGAUCCAAGCCCUGGAUAUAACAUUGAGCAGCUUGCGAAGAAAGGAGAAUUGUUUAUAGACCUUCCUUACGUUGUCAAAGGGAUGGAUGUAUCUUUCAGUGGAAUAUUGAGCUAUAUUGAAGCCACUGCUGUGGAGAAGCUAAAAAAUAAUGAGUGCACCCCUGCAGACUUGUGCUACUCCUUGCAGGAAACUGUGUUUGCAAUGCUUGUAGAGAUUACAGAACGGGCAAUGGCACACUGUGACACGAAAGAUAUUCUCAUUGUUGGUGGUGUUGGUUGCAAUGAGCGCCUGCAGGAUAUGAUGAGAACCAUGUGCUCUGAGCGUGGUGGAAGGUUGUUUGCUACUGAUGACAGGUAUUGUGUCGAUAAUGGGGCAAUGAUUGCAUAUACUGGUCUCCUUGCUUAUGCUCAUGGUACAUCAACUGCACUGGAGGAAUCAACAUUCACCCAGCGGUUUCGGACUGAUGAAGUACAUGCAAUCUGGAGAGAGAGAGAGAGUGCCAACUAACGUGAAUGGUUUCAAGCAGGAAAGCAGCUAAAUCUAGAAGAUCUGAAGGUUUUGAGUACUUGGGAUGAUUACUUGGAGAUAUCAGUACGUCAUUCUGUAACUAAACAUGAAGGAUCUACGAAAGACAAUAUAUAUUUGUAGUAUCAAAUUCAUCAGUUGAAACUGAAAUCUAAUUUCUCAAACAUAUUUGUCCCCUUAGGGCUUUUGGAGGUUUACCUGGUCGUUAACUUCAGGGUUCAAUGCAUUUCCAGCGUGUAUCUGGUAUUCUCAAAUCGUUUUUCAGCAUAUAUAUAGUUCUGGUAUUUUUCGGGCCUUCUCCAA